CAGCGGAUCACCGAUCAUCAAGCUGUCACGUUGACAGAGGAGAGGAGAGCCAGUAAUCGGCAUUCCUCAGAGGGGGCAUGUACACUGAUCAUCAGGGCACUGAUGAUCAGUGUGCCCUGAUGAUCAGUGUAGCCCCAGCAGUGCCACCUGUCAGUGUCCAUCAAUGCCAGCUGUCAGUGCUCAUCAAUGACACCUGCCAGUGCCCAUCAGUGGUCAUCAAUGCCACAUACCAGUGCCUACCAGUGCACAUCAAUGCCCAUCUGAGCUGCCUUUCAGUGCCACCUAUCAGUGCCAGUCAGUGCCACUUAUCAAUGCCAUUCAGUGCCACCUAUCAGUGCUGCCAAUCAGUGCCACCUAUCAGUGCCCAUCAG